GAUAUAUAGCGUGUAGAUAUGACAAUGUUUGUGGAAUUCAAACAUGAAAUUCUCGUUCGUUCAUUAAGAUGAUGGUGAGAUCAAGUGACGAUGAAGCAGGAAAACUCUGCAAUAGAUUGGCUUGAUCUUGGUAUGUUAGUUAACACCUAGACAAAUUUCCUAACCAUAUUGCAGAGACUUGAUAAGUGCGAGAAUUGCUGAACGCAGUUGAUCAUCUUUCUUGGCAUCAUGCAAUUUUUGACAACAUUACACUUGCCAUUACAUUCUACAACAUGCACAGUCAGUUUGCGCACAUUGGAGACUUUCAAAAAUCUUGGAAUCGAAGAAGCACAUCAUUUCGCUGUGUAAUUGUAAAUGAGUGGUCCAGAAGUCGAAUUUAUCAUGCUGAGCGAGUGUAAACCAAAUUUAACAAAGGCGCUGGCUGUCAAUUUAAAGUAGCGAUAUAAAGCGCGAUUAUGUGCUGUCUUCAUUUUGAAAUUAAGCAUAGCCUAUGGUAAAGGCUGAAGCAUGCGAAUUAGUUCGACAAUUAACGAAAAUUUCUAGCGUAGGUGCACAUCUGAGGAUUUCUUGACAGCUUUGGGGCGCCUCUUAGCAUAUAACAUCGUUUUUAGACAGAGCCUUGUCAUACCGGCAUAAACUAGUGUAAAUAGUUGGUCAUACCAAGCCACUUCCGUAGCGGUCUAAUAUGGUUUUGAUCGUCACGGAAAGUGUCCGAAAGUCAUGUUUUUCAAUGAUGCUUCCUAACAGAAGAUCUAGUCAAGCGUCCAACGCUUUUUUGUCUGCAAACAAAAGGACCAGAGCUCAAGCUCUUCUUGCACGUGAUGCACUUGAAAGUCUGUGCCUCAAGAAGCAGGACUGUUUUCAUCGGACUUUUCGUUCUGUAUGGACAAAUGUCUUCGAAAUGCGCAUGUGGGUAUUUAAACAAGUAUGUCAAAAGCUGCUGUAUUUGGUUCGAAUCAAUGGUUUGAUUUGAAAUCAACCAAGCGAUGAAUGAAUUUCUCGUCGUCUGUUGGGCAGUUAAUAAAUCUGGUCGGUUGUUAUUCAAUGAGCGAGUGAAAGAACUAGAUCCAAAGGUAUAUGAUGUAAUCCAGUGUGAAAACACGCAGUAUUUCUUUCAGCGCUAACGUUUUGACGUCUGCAUUACUGCGUCAAAGCUCAAUAAAUCAGACGACAGAGAUGAAAGUAAGGAUUUCAUCUUCGCGAUUAAAUUGAUCGACUAUCAUCUGCAAUUUCAUAACUAGAAGCAAAGAAAAGUCAUUCAUCAAAGUGAAUAAACACGAGUCUCUGUAUUGAUCAAUGAUAAAGCUUUUCAAAU